UGCCUCUUAGAAAAUCCACCAUACUACUCAGUCACUGGGGCUUUUUACUUCCCGGGAUGCAGCACCGAGGAGGCACUGGUUAAGGUUCCUUUAAAAAAAUAGCAAGGAAAGUUUAUUUUUCUGAAACAAAAACAGUUAUUCCAGAAAAUGUACCUUCAACUGCGAAAGAAUCAUCAGUGAUGCCACAUACUUUAACAUUGGACAAUCCUUCCAUGGUGGCCGAACCAUCAAUGCUGCAUCAUGAUGCAACAGUGGACCAUGCUUCCAUGUUGGACCAACCAUCAAUGCUGCAACAUACUUCUACAGUGGAUGAUCCUUCCUUUGUGGCCGAACCAUCAAUGCUGAAACAUCCGGCAACAGUGGAUGAUCCUUCCAUGGUGGACCAACCAUCAAUGAUGCAAGAAUAUUAUUCUGUGGUUGACAGUUCCACUACGGAAGAGACUUCCAUGGUAAAUGAACCAUCCAUGAGGCAAGAUCGAUCAACUGAGGAUGAAAAUUCAACCAUGCAAAACCCUUUAAUGUUAGAUAAAGCCAUAGAAAGCAACAUGGUGCCUGCCACACAGACACAGGAUAACAUAAAUGAGGAGCCUGUAUUGCAUAGCCAGCAAAGUAAUAUUGAUACAGAAGAUACCAACCAGGUGGAAUUGAAUGCAGAGACUGCACAUUCUAGUGUACUUGGCCAGGGUCUUCAAGACCAAUUCCUGGACUCUACAAAUCAAGAUAUGUCACAAACGAUCUUGGGAGACAGGGUGAAGGAACUGAAGAUAGAGGGAUACAGAGUCAUCCAUGUGUCCUGUUUGAAAAGACAAAUCGAUAAUAGGAAUAUACUUUCUGAGAUACUUCAAGUCGUGCAUUCGUUUAAUUGCUUUAAAUACAUUUAUUUCAUAAGGAAUAGGCCAGGGUUACACAGCAUGUGUCAAAAUGAGCUAUGGAACUACAACAUCCAGCAUGCCAUGAAACAUUUCUUUGAUUAUAGUAAUGCCAAAACUGUGGCAUGCAUGCUGGGUGGUUUACUUACACAGAAGUUGGUGAGCCAAAGGUUGCCUAACCAUGACCUAGUCCAUGGUUUCCAUCGGCAUUUGAAAUACACAUCCCAGCAAGCAUGGACAAAAUUUUUAUAA